CUUCGCACUUCCUGCUUCCCAUCUCACAGUCACUAUGGCAGGCUUUCAUGAGAGGAACCCGGAUUCGCCUGAGAUGAUGGAGAAACCCGAUUACAACACCCAGCAGAGGACUCUCUCCCCAACGGACAGAGUUGACGUUCAGGGAACCCAGUUCCAGGAAGGCACUCAGCUUCAUCGAGGUCUCAAAGCUCGCCACAUUACCAUGAUUGCCAUUGGGGGAGCCAUAGGCACCGGUUUGAUUAUCGGUACAGGUCAGGCGCUGGCCCGCGCUGGGCCUGGCUCCAUAUUCAUCUCAUACACGGUCGUCGGCUUCAUCGUCUACCUAGUGAUGUGUGCACUAGGCGAGAUGGCCGCCUGGCUGCCUCUCUCAUCUGGCUUCACUGGAUAUGCGGCUCGCUUCUGCGAUCCCUCGUUAGGCUUCGCUCUCGGCUAUACAUACUGGUUUAAGUACAUUAUUGUCACGCCUAACCAGCUGACAGCUGGAGCACUCAUCAUCCAGUACUGGGUAGAUCGUGACAGAGUCAAUCCUGGAGUCUUCAUCGCCGUUUUCUGGGUCGCCAUUGUCUGCAUCAACUACUUUGGGAUACGAUUCUUUGGCGAAUUUGAAUUCUGGUUGUCGACUAUCAAGGUCCUUGUGAUUGUGGGUGUCAUCAUCUUGUCGCUGAUUCUCGCACUGGGCGGCGGACCUGACCAUGAUCGCAAAGGGUUUCGGUAUUGGAACGAUCCUGGCGCCUUUGCAGAAUAUAUCGAUACAGGCGCUACUGGUCGUUUCAUCGCCUUCUGGUCUACAAUGGUCACCGCUACGUUCGCCUACCUCGGCACGGAACUCGUCGGCGUGACAGUUGGCGAAGCUCAAAACCCACGCAAGACUAUCCCCCGCGCCAUCAAGCUUACUUUUUAUCGGAUCCUGUUUUUCUAUUGCCUCUCCGUCCUAUUACUGGGCAUGCUGGUCCCCUACAAUUCCGAAGAGCUCGCUUUCGCUACCAAGGCAUCGAGCUCGGCGUCUGCAUCUCCAUUCGUCGUUGCCAUCAAACUUGCUGGGAUCAACGCUCUCCCUGGCAUCCUGAAUGGCUGCAUCCUGCUGUUCGUCUUCUCCGCCUCCAAUUCCGAUCUGUAUAUUGCCAGCCGGACCCUGUACGGUCUUGCGAGCGAAGGAAAGGCACCUGCACUGUUUCGGCGGACCGACCAGCGAGGUGUGCCCGUUUAUGCGCUUGGCCUCUCAGCGGCGUUUGCCUUACUGGCAUUUAUGAACGUCUCCGACGACUCCAAAGUCGUGUUCGGGUAUUUUGUUAACCUUACUACUAUCUUUGGUCUCUUGACCUGGAUAUCUAUCCUGGUUGCGCACAUCUACUUCGUCCGAGCACGCAGGGCACAAAACGUUCCCGACACGGCGUUGGCAUUCAAGGCGCCUCUCGGUGUGGCAGGGUCCUGCGGAGCUCUAGCCCUUUGUAUCCUGAUUUCCCUUACCAAGAAUUUCAACGUCUUUACACACUCGGAAUCAUAUGGUGACUUCGACUACAAAAACUUUGUCACCGGAUAUCUGGGCAUACCUUUGUAUCUGAUCAUGAUCUUCGGGUACAAGCUAUGGACGAAAUGCAAGGGCGUUAAGCCUCGUGAGGCGGACCUAUGGACUGGCAAGGACAUCAUUGAUCGUGAGGAAGAGGAAUUUUUGGCAGCGAAGCGCGCAAAGGAGCUAGAAAGGGGCAAGGGUGGGAAUUGGUUCUACAGGACAUUUGUCUCGUGGCUUUUCUAGGCCAUGCCCAUUGUCAGCGAGGCCUUCAACAGGUGUGUAGAUAUGCAGACAUAGAUUACUC